CGCGGAUCUCACUGUUGUUUGGGAUCUCACGCUGCCUAUACGCUGCCCCAGCCCCCGAUACAGCUCGAUCCCAAUCGCAACAGCCCCAACCAAGAUGUCGUCGCGCUUCCUCGUCCGCCAGGGCUCAGAGAGGUUGGGUAGGAACGCCGAGGAGCCGUCGCCUGUGGCUGUUGCGCAGUGUACUCUAAUCAUGGAAUUGGUAAUGGGUGCGGUUUGGUUCGGGCUCUGGGCCGGCUACGACAUGGCGGAAAACUGCGACAAGGAUCUCCGGUUGUGGUAUGCUCUUAUGUUGGGCGGGAUUGUGUUUGGCCUAAUUUGCCAAGUCGGCGUCGUCAUAGCUGCCAGAAAGGAAAGCAAACCAGCGCUAAAACUGUGUAAGGUCCUCAUUAAACUGGACCAGUUCUUCGAGUUUGGCGUCCAUCUAUGGGGCGUAGAUCUGGCGUAUGGCAAGAAGAGCGACCGGGUCGGCGCCGGCGGGUGCAAGGUGCUCGCGACGUGGCAAAAGGUCAACGCGACGGCGAUCCUCUGUUUCGGCGCCUUGGUCAUGGGCGCGAUCCUGUUCGGUGCGGGGGAAGACGCAGAGAAGGCCGAAGAAAAUUUUGUUGCCGCAGAAAUGAGGAGCCCGGCCAUGAGGAAGCACACAGAAAUGAAGAGGAUGCAGGAGAGAGUAUGAUUCUCACCGCCCGCCGCCAUCGCCGUCAUCGACCCGGACUAUCAGGUCUAGUAAAUCCUUUCUUUAGCAAG